AUGGUAGUUUUAUCAUGUACAUUUGUUGGCAUAUGUUUAUUUCUUUUGGGUUCAUCAGGCAAUGGACUAUGCAUAUUAGUAUUUCUUCGAAAAAAAUUUCGUUAUCGUAUGAUAACGCCUUAUUUUAUUGUUUUAUUAUUAGCCGAUUCAACUUAUUUAUUAUUUCGUUUAAUGAAACUACCUUAUUAUUCACAAACAUUAUUUAAAUUUCGUACAAAUACAAAAGGAUCCUGCUUAACAACAUUCCUCGUACAAGCAUAUGAACAUGCAACACAAACAUGGCCACAACCGUUCGUACCAUUAGUACAGUCAGAAACAUAUAUGAGAUUUUCAUUAAUAUUAAUGUGCAUAAUGUCUAUUCAAAGAACAGUAUUUUUAACACGUUCAUUAAAACUUCUUAUUGUACGUACAACAUUCACAGAAAAAUACAAAUAUCAAGGAACUAUUUUAAUUAUUAUAUCGGCUUUUCUUCUUGCAUAUUCAUUUGAAUUUGCUGGUUUAACUUUAUUUUGUUCUAAAUUAAGUAAUCAAAAUAUGAUUUAUGAUUGGUUUAUACAUAUGAAUAAACAUAUGAAAAAUGUAACAUAUCUCCUAACAAAUACAAUGACUGAUCAAUCUGAUGCAUUAAAAUGUGUUAAUUAUACAAUAAAUAGAUUACAAACAAAUCAAACAUUAUUUUUAGAAAAAAAUUCUAUAUGUAAAAAAACAGAAUUAAUGAAUAUUUUAUCAUAUUAUUUUGAUCAACAUCAAAAACCAAUUGUUAAUUUAAUACAAAAAAUUAUAUUUUCAAAAACUGGUGAUACAAUGACACGUAAUGAAAUACGUCGAAAAUAUCAUUUUCAUGAAUGUCUUUUUCCACAAGAACCCAAUUUCUUCGAUCGUUAUUAUAAUUUUAUGUACAGCCGUUUAUUUAGUUUCAAUCGAUAUACAUUACUUUUAAUAUUUGGAAGUAUUAUUCCAUCAUUAAUAACAAUAUUAAGUAAUAUGAUAUCAUUAUAUAGUGUACAAAAAUUAAAUCGUCUAACAUCAGUUUAUAUAUUACCAUGUCGUCGACGUACAGAUGAUACACGUCGUAUAUUACUUGUUAUUACAGUCGAAUGUUUUUUUGCUAUUUUAAAUACAUGGUUUGGUGAUAUUAUUCUUUCAUUAAUUUUUUGUAAAAGAAAAUUAUCAGCCGGUGAUGAUUGUCCAAGUUAUUUAAGUAAAAUCUAUGAUUUAUUAGUUAUGUUUGAUUUAAUUAAUUCAUUAUCAAAUAUAAUUUUACAUUGUUUAUGUGGUAGAAGUUUUCGUAAUGAACUUCGACUUAUGUUAUUAGGAUGGUUUUAUCGUGUAAAACGUUUAUUUCGUGAUAUAUGGUGUUGUUAUUUUCAAAUUGAUUGUACAAAAUUACGCAAAGAACCUUAUGUUACUUAUAAAGUAGCUGCAACUCGAGAUGAAAUUUCAAAAAGUUUAGAUGAUGAGUAUGUACAUUUUAAUAUUCAACCAGCACCAGAACAACAUAAGAACUGCUGUAAUUGUCGAUGGUAUUGUCAACGAAAACGAUUAUCAAUCAAUCAAGAAUUUAUACAUAAGGAUCAAAUAACUCGUGAUAGACGAUAUAUGUCAUUGACACAACAAACCGGUUCGACACGACAAACACAACCUAAUGCAAUGAGACUUUAUUAUCCAUCACAAUAA